AUUUGGAUGAGUGUCCUUUUCCUGUUCAGGAUCUUUGUCCUGGGUGCUGCUGCAGAUAAAGUCUGGGGAGACGAGUUGUCUGAGUUCUACUGCGACACACAUGAACCAGGAUGCAAACACAGCUGCUACAACGCAAAGUUUCCAAUUUCAUACAUUCAUUUCUGGGUCCUGCAGAUCACCUUUGUGUCCACACCCACUCUGAUCUACCUGGGCCAUGCUGUCCACAUCAUUCACAAAGAGAAGAGGAUGAUGGAGAUGAACAAUACUUUGGGAACUGUACUGAAGAAGCCCAAGUAUACUGAUGACAGAGGGAAGGUGAAGAUAAAAGGGAUCCUAUUUUGCACUUACAUGACUCAGUUGAUCUUCAAGAUCUUCCUGGAGGUGGGCUUCUGUGUCGGCCAGUUCUUCAUCUUUGACACUAUAUCCACAGAACACGUGAUGAGCUGUUAUGAGCGAGCAACCGGUGUCCAGUGGUACAUAGCCCGUCCCACAGAGAAGGGCAAUCUUCACAUCAUCUUCAUGCUUGUAUUUUCAGGCAUUUCAGUGCUUCUCAACAUCGUGGAAAUAAUUUACCUGCUCUGUAACAGGAGGAAAGAGAUCAGGAAACGGAAUCUAGCUCAGCAGCAUGUGCUCAGUUCACAACAGUACUCAUCUAACCCAGCCUGGAGGGGAAUGAGCCAGUAUGGAGGCUUCCCACUGUCACCUCUGCCUGCUCAGGGUCUGACAGACAAACCCAUUGACUGUGUCAUUAAAGAGAAGGACACUUGAUACAUGAAUUAUACUUUAUGUUAGCUCUGGAUGUUUGCUCUUGUUAUUAUUUUGCUUCA